CAAAGUGAAAAAUACGGAACGUCUACAAAUACGGAAAGAAACGUACAUUUAUUACGAUAAGCCAGUUAAAAACUAUAAAUAUCGAAGUUGACGAGCACUGACCGCAGUAUUCGUUCGAAGUUAAUACCUACAAUAAAACACCAGUUUUCAUUGUAGGUCUCACGAUAGUUUUCUUGGAAUCUCCUUGCACGGACAAAAAAUGGAAAGGUUUGCGACACUACUCGCGCUACUGGUAGCGAGUAUUUGUAUGGCUAAGGCUGCAACGGUAAGCGAAGCGGAGUUCAAUGCCGCCGUCACGAAAAACGGCUUCAAAGCUCCAUCCGCGGAAGUUUACCGUAGUUUUGUGGAGGGUGCCUCCAAAUACUCGAAAGAGGAACAAGCCAUGUUUCUUGCUCAACUGUUGCACGAGAGUGCAGGCUUUAGAUACACCGAAGAACUAGUUUGCCUGUCUGGCAACAAGUGUGCAGGCAAAUACAUCGACAAAGUCGGACUACCUGGUAAAAAAUACUACGGCCGCGGCUACAUCCAGUUGACAUGGGGAGCCAAUUACAAAGCAGCUUCGCAGGCUCUCGGUCUCGGUGACAAGCUUCUUCGUGAGCCUGAGCUCGUUGCCACCAACAAGAAGUACGCGAUGCUCGUAAGCGUUUGGUUUUGGGAUGCGAGAGUCAGACCUGUAUUGGGAAAUUCGAACCAAUUUGGUCGUACUACCAAAGCAAUCAACGGCGGCGAGUGUAAGUACGCAAAAUAUCGUAAGAGAGCAGAGAACAGGUGGAACAUCUAUUUGAAAGUUGCCGAGGCGUUCAAGAUAACAAACAAAGCUAAGGAGAACGGUUGUUACAAUUAAACAGUCCAAUAUAUUUUAUUGCGUUUGAAUAAAUAUAUGAAUCUAU